GUGAGCGCACGGUCGUGUACGCGUUGAAGAGCAAACUAUUUGAUUUGAAGAAAUGAUUCCUUGAUUUAUUUAUCGUCGGCGAGAUAGAAUUGAUCGAUCAGUGUGUGGACAAUCGAAACGACCAUAAAUAGAUAACAACAUUUCGAUCGAUCAGGAUCGAUUUGGUAAAGGACAAUAAGAGUGAUUGAUAAGGAUUUCGAUGCAUGUACAAUUGUGUGUUGUUGUACAUGCACCAAAAAAUUCUACCGCGAAAAUUCAAAUUUUAAACAUCGACGACACGAGAUCAAGGAAAUCCAUCUUUAUACUUGAACUCUUUUUGGACAAAUAACACAAAUUUUCACCUUCAUUUUAUGGGAAAAUUACAAAGUUAGAAGAAAAAAAUUUACAGUUUGAACAAUUUGGUGCAAAAAGUAAGUGACAUUCAUUGAUUGAGUGAUUUAGUUGGAUCAUACAACGACUAUUUUUUUAACCACUUUUUGUGUAUUGACCUAAAAUUGAUGAGGAUGAUUUUUAUUUUAAAAAAAGAAUGUUUAAUCCCAUUUGAGAGAAAAAAAUUGAUUACUGGAAUAAAAGGAUAAAUCGAUACGAUUGAAGUGACAGCAUUAAAUAAUCAACAAGUAAAUUGAUUUUCGAAUGUAACAAAGAAAGUGUUGUGAUUGUUACGUAUCUUUUGAGAAAUAUUUUGGUGUUUAUGUGUGUGUAUCGUUUGGAGACAAUUUUUCGAUCACAAAUACUAUUCCGAAAAAGAGUUGACAAAAGAAACUAACAAAAGAUCUACGGUAACGGCGUAAACAGCAAGCAGCUGAAUUGACAAAGAACGUGCAACACUUUUCCGCAUUUGCAAUCAAAAAGCAAGAGAGAAACGCACUGAAAGCGAAAAAAAAAACACAUUAAAAAAAGGAGAAAUAGAUCUACAGGCCUAAAUACACGAAUCAAAAAAAAAUUCUCAAUCCUUUCACCGAAUUCGGGGAUUUCAUUUUUCGCUGUGGAUAUAUAUAACCCUCAUUUUUCCUGAACCGAAUGAAUCAAAGCCAGCAAAGUGGAAACUUACUGAAAAACUCAACAACAACGACGACGUUCACAUUGAUCAGUGUGAUUUAGUGAGAAAAGAGGAGAGCAAAUAGAGAUAUAUAGAAUGAAUCGAGGCGAUAUAUUGGCUAAAUUACAAUCAACAUCGGCAGCUGAGACGCGCACACUGUCAAUAACCGAUGUUGCCAUUCAAAAUAAAAGCGAUACAACAAACGCAUUAAAUGUAUUCGAUGCACAAUCCGUAUUUAAAUUGAUUUCAAGUGCAAGCGAUUUAGAGCAUCGCUUCGAUUUAGACAACGAUUUUGAUAGUACAAAAAAUAACAAUACAGCAACAGCGCAACAAUCGUACUUUGACAUGCAUGCAACGAUAAAAAAUAAACGAAAAAAUUUUAAACCACGCAAUGCAACGGCUGUUGAAGAGAUCACGACUGCGACAACAGCCGCAAAUACAGCUGCCGCCGUCGAACCGUCACUCACUGACCAGCUCAUUCUCAAUUUGAUGAUGCAAAAUAAAAUGAAACAAAUUCAACAAGAACUGCAUCAAGGACAAUUGAAACGAUGGAACGACAUUGACAACGGCAGUAAACUUGACCAGCAAACCAGUGUAUCGAGCGACCGCAUCAAUUCCAACAACAAUGAAUCAUGCAACAUUCUUAAAUCACCACCUAGCUCACCAUUGGCCAAUGGUCAUGGCACAAGUGGCGAAAACGCAUACAAUGCCGUUCAAGAUUUACUCUCCGUUUAUGGUUUGACGAUGUCACCACAUGAUAUAGUGGACGCAUUUAAUAAAAGAAACGAAGCGGCUGCAUCGAUUCGUGAUCUAGCGAAUAACCCAUUGUUAAAAAAGGGUACCAUUGCCAAUCAAUCGGCCACACAAUCCACCACACAAAAGCAACAACAGAAUGCAUUAGUGCCGCCCACACCACCGCGAACACCAAUCACUCCGUCCGCUCAGCAUCAACAGAUGACUGACGGUGUGAGCGAUGACGAUGAUAAUUGUGAGAGCAAAUCAGUGGAUUCGAUGGCGAACCGUAAACGAAAAUUAAGCACUAUUUUAGGUUCAAAUAAGCGAAUGCAUGUAGAGCAAACGAUUAAAUCAGAAACCGAUGCUGAUUCGGACAGCAAUCAUGAGAACAACGAUCGUGCCACCAGCAUUAACGAUAAUGACGACGGUGCCAGUAGCCGAAUGAGCGAUUUUGAUGAUGGAAAUGCGUCAUUGAAAAAUCGUGCGUUCACUGACACCAAUGAUGCAUCAUUCGAUUCAUCGUAUUCGGCAUAUUUGCAAGAAACAAAACAACAAUUGGCCAAAGUCGCCCAACAACAACAACCAACGCUCAAUUUAUCGCAAUCAUUAUCGAACAUUGUCGAUGUGUCUGGCCUUAGUUUGGCCAAGGAUAAAUAUUUUGAAAAACCAUCAAUGAGUUUUCUUUCGCCGGCAGCGACCGCAUUGAAAAUGGUCACUAUGCAAGGUGACGAAAGUAAACUAAUCGAUUCGGGCAAAUAUCUGUCGAAAUAUUCGUCGUUUAUGGAAUGCAAUCAUGAUCAAUGUGCGAUCGAUAAAUUGCGCGAACAUUUUCAUUGUUUGGACAUUUUAUGUAUGAAUGUAAAUAAAGUACUGUGCAAACGCGAAGAGGUUUUGCGACAUUUGAAAUGGCACAAAAAACGUAAUGAAAGCUUAAAUCAUGGUUUUCUUCGAUUUUCAUCGACCGACGAUUGUUCCAUUCAAUUUGGCGAAUGUCAACAUAAUGGCAAACAAACACAUUAUCAUUGCUUACAAGGAAAUUGCGAUAAGGUUUACAUUUCGACCAGUGAUGUUCAAAUGCACUCAAACUAUCAUCGCAAAGAUUCGGCUAUCAUGCAAGAAGGGUUCCAACGGUUCCGUGCGACCGAAGAAUGUAAUGCUGACUUUUGUAGUUUUGCUGGUCAACGCACUACACAUUUCCAUUGUAUUCGUGACAGUUGCAAUUAUACAUUCAAAAAUAAAGCCGAAAUGGAAAAACACAAGACUUAUCACAUCAAAGAUGAAUUAUUGGCACGCGAUGGUUUCAAAAAAUUCAUGAAAAAUGAACCGUGCUCAUUUGAUCGUUGUCGUUUCUCCUUGCAAUGCAAUCACAUUCAUUGUGUUCGUGAAAAUUGUUACUACGUAUUGCAUUCGAGUGGUCAAUUGUUGAGCCACAAGCGUAAGCAUGAUCGAAUGGAUUCAGAACAAGCGUAUCAACAAUUUAAAUUGGCACAAAAGAAUGAUGACGUUUUGUCGCAUGAUAACAAUGACACUGAAAUGAGUGGAUCAGAGCCAAUGGCUUCAAAAAGUUUGUCACCAUUUCCUGGUAACUUAUCAACACUUCUAUCAAAAUAUGCUGAAAAUGAUAAUAAAAUGGAGGCAUUGUUGACCAAUGAAUCGAUGGAAAUUUUACAACAACUUCAAUUCCAAAAGCAAGCUUUGCUUCAGAGUCAAGCUGCCAAAGCGGCUGUUGCUGCUUCACUCAUUGGCAAAGCCAAUGACGAUGACAUUACCGCCGAUAAUAAUAAUUACGAUGCCAUCGAUCCAUCGGUAUUACCAAAGUCAUUUAUUCAAAAUGCCAGUGCCACAAUCGGUCGUUCCAUUACAUCAAUCGAAAUUGAUCAAUUGAAACAAAUUUAUUCAGCCACUGAAACGGCCAAACAAAAACAAAUCAAUGCCUUAUUAUUUGCACAAAAUAAUUUCAAUAGCACCGAUCAAGCCGAACCACUUAAUUUGAAUUUAAAAAAAGAGAAUGCAAAAGAUAUGAACGCUUCAUUGUUGUCGGCUGUUGUGCAAAAGAUACAAAACCAAAAUAUGCCAACCAAUUUACAACAAAUCACUUCCAUCGAUGGGCUAUUCAAUCGAAAACGUGGCCGACCACCAAAGAAUCGCGUCGUUGAAGUCUAUGGAAAUGUACAAACACAGAAUCGGCCACAGGCAAUUUUCACCAGUUUUAAAUUGGAGAAAAAUGGCAAAGCUUCAUCACCAUUGCCACCUGAAAGCAGUAGUUUUCGUGCAAAAACUCCAUUAAAUCAAUCGCCAGAGAAUCAUGGCGAUGAAAGUAGUGCCUCAAAAGAGUCACCCACCAAUUUCUCCGUGCAUCGACUCAGUGAUUCGGGUGGCAGUGGCUGUGGAAGUGGUAGCAGCGAUCGCAAACGUCGUUUAUCAUUUUCAUCGUCACCAUCAACUGAUAAUGAAAAAGUGUCGAUUGUUCGUGCCGCUGGUACAUUCUUUCCACAGAAUUGUGACAAUGACAGUGAAUCGUCGCCACCGGCUUGUUUGCGACGCAAGUCAAAGGAAAGUGUUGACUAUGUGAAAAAAUGCUCAUUUUCCCAUUGCAAUCAAUCAAACGAAUCACAUGUUCAUUGUGAUGAUUGCUCUGAGGUUUUCGAUGAUGAAUCAAAAUUGAUGGCUCAUUCUGUGAAGCAUAAAGUAUCGGAUUCUGGACCAGAAAGUGAUCCAUCACAAGAAUUGAUGCAAAAUUUUGCCAAACAAAUGGCCAAACAAUCGGAAAUGUUUAAUAAUAUGGAAUCGUUUAUGAAUCCAGCGGCCAGUGUCAUUUCAAAUUUGGCCUCGUUGGGCCAAAAUCAAAUGGCAAUGGGCGGUGGUGAAGGUGGCUUUUCCGCUUUCAGCGAUCAAUUGUCUGCCCAAAUACAAACAUUGUGCUUGGCACAAUUGGCCGCCUUAUAUCAAAACAAUCCGAUGAUGUAUCAACACUUGUAUCCUUUACUUGGUGCUGUCGAACAAAUGAAACAACAAGAUGCACAACGCAUGUUUAUGCCACAAACGGCAAAUCCACUUCAAAUGGCAAAUCCAUUUGGUGCAUUCGAUUUAACCAGCCUUGCAGCGGUAAAUGCAAACAAAAAAAGUGCCAACGCUGCGACAAAAUUGCCAAAAAUGAGUGGCAAAAAUGGUGAUCCAAAAGGUUCAAAAGCUGGUGGUUCCGGCAGUGAAAUGGCAUCGAAUCGAACAUCUGGCAAUUUUAAAAUCUUUAAAGACGAACCAAUUCCAAAAGGCUAUCUGAAAUUUCGAUUUAAUGAAGAUUGCGGUUUUGCACAAUGCGGUUAUUCGAAUCUUCAGAGUCAUUUUCAUUGUUGUCGCACCGAUUGUCACUACAGUUUCUGUGAUAAGACACGAUUUGUACAGCAUACGGCACGGCAUGAACGCUUGGACAAACUGAUGGGCGACGACUUCAAACAGUAUCGAGCUAAUAUGAGUUGCGGACACGAUGAUUGUGUUUAUAAGAAUAAUUUGGGCGCAAACAAUAAGUCAUCACAUUUCCAUUGUUUGAAGUGUGAGUUCAUAUGCUCGGACACAAAUAAGGUUGUGGCUCAUCGACGUCAUCACAGCAAAUUGGAAUACAUAAGCGCUGCCGGAUUUCGCAAGGUAGCUAAUAAUGAACCAUGCACACAUCAAUCAAAGAAAUCAGCCGGCGAAAAUCUAGAUGAAAAUGCACAAAAUGAUGAAGAUGAUGGAAACAACACUGAAUGCAUCUAUAGCAUGAAACAAACACAUUAUCAUUGCUUGAUUUGCGAUUGCUCAGUGCUUAGUCGGGCUCAACUUAGCUCACAUCAACACAAAUAGAAUUAAUGCAAUCGAAUCCAUAGUUUGAACAAUUUACCUCAAAUCUCGUUCGUAUUCAUUUGUGCAAAGCAACAAACCGAAUCACGACUGUAUUAAAUAUAUAUUGAUUAUUAAAUGUA